CCAGCACCCGGAACCAAUGACUCUGUGACAUCAGCCCCGGGAACAAGGGCACCGUGGACAACGUGACUACUGCGGGCACUACGUUGGCUGCCGCACUGGUGGCGACAAGCCCUUGGUUCUUGCAGCUGCCAACUGCCGCUGGCAGCGAUGAAUUUGCUCCCCCUCCUUGUCCUGCUGGCCGUGUGCUGGCCUGCGCACAGCACAUGGGACAACUGUGGAGGGACCUGCGGGCUCCGGCCCAUGGCUUCUCACUACGGCAUGUCGCGUGUCGUGGGUGGCACAGAUGCCCAGCCAGGGGCCUGGCCCUGGAUCGUCAGCAUCCAGGAUCCCUGGAAAAUAGGCACGGGGCAUAUAUGCGGAGGGUCCCUCAUCAGCCCACAGUGGGUCCUCACAGCAGCCCACUGCUUCAUCGAAGCCAGGCACAUCACAAUGUGGCGCGUGGUGAUUGGGGCCACCCAGUUGACUCAGCUGGGCCCUGAGGCCCAAGUGCGCAAUAUUAAGCGGCUACUGGUUCACGAACGCUAUAGCAAUAUCUCGGAGAGGAACGACAUUGCGUUGCUAGAAUUGGACCAGCCUGUCCAGUGCAGCUACUAUAUACAGCUUGCCUGUGUGCCUGACGCCUCGCUGAGAGUGUCAGAGCUGACAACCUGCUACAUCAGUGGUUGGGGUUCCACGACUGCAAGAUCUGGACGAUCAACUGAUGUCCUGCAGGAGGCCAAGGUCCGUCUCAUUGAUGUCAACCUCUGUAACAGCAGCCGGUGGUAUAGAGGGGCCAUCCACACUCACAACUUGUGUGCUGGCUAUCCGCAGGGUGGCAUUGACACCUGCCAGGGUGACAGUGGUGGUCCUCUCGUGUGCAAAGACAACAAUGCUGACUACUUCUGGCUUGUUGGAGUGACCAGCUGGGGGAAAGGCUGUGCGAGAGCAAACCAGCCGGGAGUCUACACCUCCACUCAGCACUUUUAUGACUGGAUCCUGGUACAGAUGGGAUUGCGCCCA